AUGGCGGGGUCAAGCUGCGAAGCUGUCGGGAUAUCUCCCACAGCAUUUUGUGAAACUGGAAUUAUCCUGGAAGGGGUAUCCCCGUGGGUUAGGGGGACUCCCUCAACGCGCUGGUUGGCUUGCUCAGUUUUGGAUUCAAAUUUAGAGAAAGUUAAGAUUCUGAUGAAAGGGGGAGUUGUUUUAGGGGCACUUGUUUAUGGGGUUUUUGUUUUUGGUUGCAAGAGAGUUUUUGCUGUGGAGAGUGCAGUAAAUGUAGGGUAUGGAGUUAUUGGACUGAGCAUAUUGUUGUUGAAGAAUGCUUGCCCUAAAGUUUCUCAGGUUUUGAGAGUGUUUAAAGAGCAAGGUUUGGUUUUGGCUGCGCUUUUGGGGUUGUCUGCAUUCUUUUCAAUGGCUGAGACAUCAAUCACCACGCUUCGGCCUUGGAAGGUUGAUGAAUUGGCAGAAAAAGAGCCUGAUAAUGGUGUCUUUAAAAUGCUUUGCAGUGAUGUUACUCGGUUUUUGACGACUAUUCUCAUUGGCACAACUGUGGCAAAUAUUGGAGCCACUGCGUUGGUCAGAGAGGCAGCAACAGCUUUAUUUGGUGAGGCUGGUGUCAGUGCAGCAACAAGAGUAAUGACUGUCGCCGUGUUACUUCUCACUGAAAUUACUCCAAAAAGUAUUGAUGUUCAUAAUGCCACAGAGGUUGCUAGGUUUGUGGUCAAGCCAGUGGCAUGGCUUUCCUUGGUACUUUACCCUGUGGGAAGAGUUGUUGCAUAUCUAUCAAUGGGAAUGCUAAAAGCUCUUGGUUUGAAUGGAAGAAGUGAUCCAUAUGUUACUGAAGAUGAGUUGAAGCUGAUGUUGCGCGGAGCAGAGUUGAGUGGGGCAAUAGAGGAGGAAGAACAGGUAAUGAAAUUAAUGAAUUAUAAUUUUCCUAUGUUUUCACGUUUUGAUGUUAAAUAUAAAAAUCUGUAAAGCCAUAUAAUGGAUCUGCUGGAUUAUGUUCAGAAGGGGGAUCUCUUAGAAAGUACUAUAGUGGGAGACAUGGCCUACAAACCUUGUUAUUGGUUUGCAGAUUCAAUGUCAGUUUGGAAUCUUCUCAGAGAGUUCCGCAUUAGGAAGGUUCACAUGGCUGUUGUUCAAAAAGAGUAUGGUGGAACUGUGGGGGUAGUGACCCUGGAAGAUGUGGUUGAGGAAAUUGUUGGUGAAAUCUUUGAUGAAAAUGAUUCAAAAGAGAUCCAGAAGAAAACUGGCUACAGAGUGAUGCAAGCAGAGGGAAUUUACGAUGUGGAUGCUAAUACAUCUAUUGAUCAGCUCUCUGAAGACUUAAAUAUCAAAAUACCAGAGGGUCAUCAGUAUGAGACAGUAUCAGGUUUUAUAUGUGAGGCCUUUGGAUACAUCCCAAGGACCGGUGAGAGUAUGAAAGUGGUCCUUGAAAAGGAAAACCAGGAGGAAAAUGAAGAACAUGAUGAAUCUGGAUCUGACCACCAGGAAUUGAAGGAAAAGUAUCUAAUUUACAAACUCGAGAUAUUAGCUGGAAAUGCCAGAAAAGUUGGUGCUGUUCGGUUUGAACGGAUGAACAAUGAUGAAGCGAAGUUUGAGGCAAAAGAAGUAACUCGCUUGGUUCCGAAAAUCAUGAAGAGAAAAUGGAGCAGUGAUGAUGAAUGGGAUAGUAACGAUUAUGACGGUGAUGCAUACUCAAAAAGAGUUGAGGAUGAUCCCUCUGGUGACCAUGUAAUUGCUGAAAAUGAAGAUGGUCGUCAUGACUCUACCAUAACAAAUUAGUUACAUGCACCCGUUUGUUUUUCACCCCUUAUUAUUACGGCACCAUGAACAGCGGUUAAAACAUUGAGAAGAUGAUGACAAAAAGGAGAGGUAGAGAUGAUUGAUGAACUGACAUUUUACCUUUUUUAUGCUAGGAAAUUGUAAAUUUUUUAUUUUUAUUCUUUUUAACUAAAGACAAGUAUCAACAUCUGAGCAAUGGCAGUUUUUUGUAUAGUACA